GAGGAGGGCAGGAAUUGGGGGGUGGAGAAUGAGGGCUCUGGGGGUUUUAAUUUUAGAAAAAUGAAGGCUGAAAGUUCAGCAAGAGGGCUUGAAGUAUCCCUAAGGCAACUUGUCUGCUCUCUUCCCUCAUUGGCUCCCAUAAAAACAUAGCAGGUGUAUGAUCAUUAUUAUUCAUAACUUAAUUUAGAACCUACGAUGAUUGCAUGGAUGUAACAAAAAUAUGCCGUAUAUGUGUGUCUUGUCUAUCUAAGCAUCACUGUAAAUAUCAAUAUUGUAAACAUCCAAGAAUUAGAAAAUGCUGAUUUACCACAUAGAAAAGCUCCUCAAUAUUUAUGUUGUAAAUAAUCUCCAUGAAUUCAAUUAGAGAAUUCCAUUUCUUUGUUUGUUUAAAAAAAUCUAUAUUGUUUGGUAUAAUUCAAUAUUGAUAAUUAUGAAAGUUUAUACAGUACACCUGCCCUCCAUUUUUGUUUGUUUGUUUACCAGCCAUUCUUUCACUGGUGACGUUGACCUAUUUUUCCAUUUUUGCAAAAUCAGAAGAGUCACAGCUAUUAAAUUCUUUAUUACGUCCUAAUACUUGACCUGUUUAUCCAAUCAGAUUCCUGAUGAUAUUAUAAGGACUAUGAGAUGUCAUGACUGAUACAAUUUCCCCACCUCACCCCCCCCAACAUAUUUUAAUUGAUUGGCAACUCCACCCAAAUGUUUCACAUCUGCCUUUGAGGCUCCAUAUCUCCAAGCACUCUCCACUGCAUGUACGUAUUUGGUCUGUGGAGUCAUGUACCAUUGAUAGAAUAAUUUAUAAAGUUUUUCUCUUAUGUGUACACAUAGAGAUAAUUUUGGUUCUUGAUACAAUUUUUCCCUCCGCUCUUGUUCAGAGAUUUUUCUACCAGUUGUUUUAUCAACCUUUCCCCCUCCCAGAAAACCUGUGCCAAGUUGUGAAUUCACAGGUUAUCCAGUAAGACAGAUCUUGGAUUGAAAACCUAUUCAAGGCUUUCUUUUUAUGAUACCCUCAAAAGUUCUUACUACACUUGCCAUGUUACUCUUUCUUAUAUUUUCAUCUAUAUUGUUUCUUUAUUGAAACAUUACGCCAUUAGACCCAUUUGAAGAAUUUCAUUAAGUGUUUUACAGUGUCAGUUACUUAAAGUUUCCAUAUAUAUUAUUAUAUACUUGCUUGUCCAAUUAAACACUUGGUUUUAAAAAUUAAGGUUGAAAGUAAAGAUAACUUGGGUGUUAACACUUAUUAAACCAUUGGGUGUGGGUGUUAACAUUAUAGAAAAUUGACCAUUCAUCCUGAUCUGUUUGCAGAAAGUUUGUGGAGAGGUUAGACAAUGUUGUCUGUUUAUUGAGCAUGAUUUAUUUAUGGGGAAGCUAGAUGGCAUGCCAAGCAGUUGUUAUCCCACACUUUUCACUGGAUUUAUCUUGUCACUUUCCUUAUCGCUAAAGGUCCUUUGAGCGGGGAAGCAUGCUUGUAGCACGAGAGCAUCAGAUCAGCGUUAAUUGUGCAACCUGAAGUUGCUGAUAUCUUACUGAUUCCCACCCGUAAAUAGUAAUCUGGAAGUGCCUUGUGAUAGGAUAUAUGUAUAAUAGGUUCUGGGGUGGUUGUGUUAGGAUUGCAGCACAGGAGAGGGAAGAGUUCUGACAAAGAUCUUCCUGUCAGUCCUAGAGAAAAAAAGCUUCCAUUGGCAGGAUGGGAGCUUUUUCCUGUAAAGCUGAUAACAGUGUGUGUGAGAGUGUGAGAGAGAAUUCCUGCAGAGCAAAUCUUUCCUUGGUUGGAACGUGAAGUGGCAUGGGAAUUCUGUUUUAGAUCACCAACACGUGAAAUGAGUCACCCAAUGCUUCAGCCAUGACUCCAUUUCACAGGUUACUUAUGUGAAAGGACACUGUGUGAUUAAAUGGGUGUAUAGGCUCCCCUGAACCUGCCUGGUAGUGCAUGAAUGAAUGUGUGUUGGUUUCCCUGCCUCAGCUAUCCAUGCUAAUGCUUUGGUGGCAGCAGUAGGACACAGAGAAUUGCAAGUGUUCUCAAGGAGUAGGGGCAUGGGGCGCCGCAGCCUCCUUAAAAAUCAUUUGAUGCCCCUUCAUGUAAGUAAAGAAUAAAGGCAGCUACAGUUUCUAACCAGCUGAUCACUCUUCUAGUUAUAGAGGUCUCCAACAUAUGGUAGAGGUUUCCCCAAUACUCUCACUGUGUCCUGUGAGUGUUGCACAUGGAAGCAUGAUAUCCUCCUUAUGUUCCCCUUUCAGGAAGAAAGGAUUUUUGAGAAUUGGAGUCCAUGCACAUCAAAACUCCCUCUCUGUUUGACUGGUGUGUGUUCCUAUUUGCUCUCCUGCUGUGUGUUUACACACCUCCCAGCCAGAGGCUUUUGUGAAGACUCGGAGAUACUUGCAUUGCCAAGAAAGAAAAGUCCAUCAAAUUGCAGAGAUGUAUUCCAUCUGGUAUAGCAGAACGAUUCCAACUUUUCAUGUUGGUUAAGGAUUUUAAAGAAACGUUUGCAUCAUCUCUUUUUUAUGAUAUCCUAAGGAUGGAUUCUUGAGUUGGUGUUACAGUGCAUGAAGAGGUCUGUUCUUCCUGAGUUGAAUACUUAUUGGAAUGCUCACUAAUAGGAUUAGAGAGGAACUCUAUGGGUAACGCCUGCUCUCAAGAAAUUACUGGUCAACCAUGGUAAAACUUGCCAACCCACUUUACACGGAGUGGAUUCUUGCAGCUAUACAAAAAGUUAAAAGGCAAAAACAGAGACCAUCUGAAGAGAGAAUUUGUCAUGCUGUGUGCGCAUCCCAUGGAUUAGAUAAGAAGACUGUUUCAGAACAGCUGGAGCUAAGUGUCCAAGAUGGUUCUAUUCUCAAAGUUACCAACAAAGGCCUUGCUUCCUACAAGGACCCAGAUAAUCCUGGGCGUUUUUCAUCUGUUAAACUGGGUGAGCUUUCUAAGCCUGCUAAAGGAUCUAGGGGAGCCUGUAAUGAGCUUCGGAAUGUGGAUUGGAAUAAACUUCUGCGCAGAGGAAUUGAAGGGCUCCAGGAACCAAAUGGCUCAUCACUCAGAAACAUAGAAAAAUACCUGAGAAGUCAACAUGAUCUUGCAGGUAUUUUCAACAACCCUGUGUUUCAACGGAGAUUACGAUUGGGGGCCAAACGCGCUGUAAAUAAUGGGAGAUUAUUGAAAGAAGGACCUCAGUAUAGGGUGAACUAUGGUAGCCUGGAAGGCAAAGGAACAUCUAAAUACAGUUCUUUUCCAAUGUCUCUCCCACCUGUCAGUCUUUUGCCUCAUGAAAAAGACCAGCCACGAGCAGAUCCCAUUCCAAUAUGUAGCUUCUGUUUGGGGACAAAAGAAUCAAAUCGUGAGAAAAAGCCAGAAGAACUCCUUUCCUGUGCUGACUGUGGCAGUAGUGGACAUCCAUCCUGUUUGAAAUUUUGUCUGGAGUUGACGACAAAUGUAAAAGCCUUAAGAUGGCAGUGUAUUGAAUGCAAGACGUGCAGUGCCUGUAGAAUCCAAGGCAAAAAUGCAGAUAAUAUGCUUUUCUGUGAUUCUUGUGAUAGAGGUUUCCACAUGGAGUGCUGUGACCCACCUCUUUCCCGAAUGCCAAAAGGGAUGUGGAUUUGCCAGGUCUGCAGACCAAAGAAAAAAGGAAGGAAGUUACUUCAAGAGAGAGCAUCACAGAUAAAGCGGCGAUACACAAAACCUAUUGGGCGACCAAAAAAUAAACUAAAGCAACGAAUGUUGUCUGUAACCAGCGAUGAAGGAUCCAUGAAUGCAUUCACAGGAAGGGGGUCACCUGGUAGGGGUCAAAAGACUAAAGUCUGUACCACACCUUCAUCUGGUCAUGCUGCAUCUGUGAAGGAUUCAAGCAGCAGAUUGGCUGUUACAGACCCCACCUGGCCUGGUGCCACCGCCACCAAAAUCACCACCACCACCUCCACCUACAUACCUGCCUCUACACUUAACGUUAACAAGAAAACCAAAGGGCUUAUUGAUGGCCUUACUAAGUUUUUUACACCGUCACCCGAUGGUCGCAGAUCACGAGGUGAAAUAAUAGACUUUUCAAAGCAUUAUCGUCCAAGGAAAAUGGCCUCUCAGAAACAAUCAUGUACUUCUCAUGUGUUGGCUACAGGUACCACACAAAAGCUAAAACCUUCUUCACUUCCACCCCCAACCCCCAUCUCUGGUCAGAGCCCCAGUUCACAAAAAUCCAGCACUUCCAUCUCUUCUAACUCUCCCCAAAGCUCCUCCAGUCAGUCAAGCGCACCCUCCUUUAGCAGCCUUCCUAAUAACAGUCAGCUAAAGGGACUCUUUGAUGGACUUUCUCAUAUUUAUUCCACUCAGGGACACUCUCGAAAAAAGGGGCACCCGAGUUAUGCACCGCCCAAGCGUUUGCGUCGUAAAGCAGCGUUUUCUUCCACAUCCAAGUCUAAAACUGCUUUCUAUGGAAAGAAAGAGAUUAGAAGUAGGUUUAUUUCUCAUGCCUCCGCCUCUGGAUGGGGUAUGUCUAGAGGACGUGCUUUUAAAGCAAUUGGUCACUUCAAGCAAACAACCUUCCUUAAAAAGCGCAGGAUUCUAGGCAGAUUAAAGUAUAAAGUGACCCCUCAGAUGGGGACCCCCUCACCAGGGAAGGGGAACUUGGCAGACGGAAGGAUUAAACCUGAUCAGGAUGAUGGUACAGAAAUCAAAAUAAGCAUCAAACAAGAAAACUCAGAUCUGUUUCUGGUGGGAAGAAAGGAUAUUAUUACAGAAGAAGAUUUGGAAAUGUUUAAGCAGGCCCAGGAACUUGCAAUGGAGAAAAUUGGUUGUAAAAAUGGUGGAGAAACAAAUGGACGCUACCCUUCAGUGAUAGAAUUUGGGAAAUAUGAGAUCCAAACAUGGUAUUCCUCGCCUUACCCACAAGAAUAUGCAAGACUAUCAAAGCUUUUCCUGUGUGAAUUCUGUCUUAAAUAUAUGAAAAGUAAAAAUAUUUUGCUAAGGCACGCAAAGAAGUGUGGCUGGUUUCAUCCUCCAGCCAAUGAAAUCUACAGGAGGAAGGACCUUUCAGUCUUUGAGGUUGAUGGGAAUAUGAGCAAAAUUUAUUGCCAAAAUCUUUGCUUGUUAGCAAAGCUCUUUCUGGACCACAAAACUUUAUAUUAUGAUGUUGAGCCAUUCCUUUUCUAUGUUCUCACAAAGAAUGAUGAGAAAGGAUGUCACUUAGUUGGAUACUUCUCCAAGGAAAAGCUCUGCCAGCAGAAGUACAAUGUCUCCUGCAUAAUGAUCAUGCCCCAGUACCAAAGGCAAGGAUUUGGAAGAUUUCUCAUUGAUUUCAGUUACUUACUUUCUAGAAGAGAGGGACAAGCAGGAUCUCCUGAAAAGCCACUCUCUGAUCUGGGUCGUGUCUCCUACUUAGCCUAUUGGAAAAGUGUCGUCUUGGAAUAUCUCUAUUGCCAUCAUGAGAAACAGAUCAGCAUCAAGGGCAUGAGCCGAGCAACAGGAAUGUGUCCCCAUGACAUUGCCACCACCCUGCAGCACCACAGCAUGAUAGACAGAAAAGAAGAAAAAUUUAUAGUAAUUAGAAGGGAGAGACUGAUUUCAAACCACAUGGAGAAACUGAAAACCAACCCACGCAUGAAUGAAGUAGAUCCAGAAAGCUUGAGGUGGACUCCUCUUUUGGUUCCUAAUGCAGCAGUUUCAGAGGAAGAGAGAGAAGCUGAAAAAGAGGCUGAGCGACUGAUGGAACAAGCAAGCUGCUGGGAAAAGGAAGAGCAAGAGCUGUUCUCGACGAGAGCUAAUAGGCAAUUGCCUGCAAAAGUGCAAUCUAAAAACAAGUAUCUGCGACCUCCAGAGAACAUAACAGUAUUAGCAGAGCGAGGGCAGUCCAUUGAUCUACCAAAAGAAAGCAGUGGGGAGGAAGAGGAGGAGGAAGAAGAAGAGGAGGAAGAAGAAGAGGAGGAUGUGGAUGGGCAUCGUCAAAAUUCUCCUCCAAGGCUGGCAAAACCUCAGAUGCUUGCUGUGAAGAGAAAGAGACCUUUCAUCUUGAAAAAGAAAAGGGGUCGUAAACGCAGAAAGAUUAAUAGCAGUGUUACGACGGAGACCAUUUCUGAAACCACAGAGGUUUUGGAUGAGCCCUUUGAUAACUUGGAAGAAGAGCAGCCCAUGGCACGGCUGGAACCCACUUGUGAGAUAGAUGGGGAAGAGGAUGAAUCUAAACCUGAGACUCAAGAAGCGUUCCAGUGUCAGUCUGAGGAGAAGGAAGAAAAUGAGCUGGAAGAGGAGGAGCAGGAGAAAGACAAUCACUGUUACCAAAACGAUACUCCAUGCAGAGCUAAUGCAGAAGAGGAUGUAGCCGUCCUGGAAGAUGAUGAUAAAGACAAUCCUGAACCUAUGCUAUGUAAACAAGGAUGGCCUAAAGGCGUGAAGCAAUGUCCAUCCAAAAGGAGACAAAACAAAGAGAGAAAACCAGGUUUUAAACUUAAUUUGUACACUCCACCUGAGACUCCUAUGGAGCCUGACUAUCAGGCAUUGGGAGAGGAAUUGAAAGAGAUAGCUGAAAACAACGCAUGCCAGGCGUCUGCUGUUACGGAGGAGGUUAAGAACACUGAAAUCGUCCUUCCACAAGAGGACGAAGCGAGAGAUGCAGUAUCUGAGUAUCUGGAGUUACCCAAGACAGAACAAGCAGAAAACGAUUUAGCAGAAGUAGAAGAAAACAACAUAGUAGAAGAAAUGGAAAGUGUGGAUAAUCAAGAUAAAGACGCACAAGAGGAAACGGAAAUGGAUAAAGAUGAGCCUGAGCAUUUAGAAGAGCAGGAGGAGGAAGAAGAGCAGGAGGAGGAGGAGGAACAAUCUCGCAAUGAGGAUCAUGAUGCUGAUGAUGAGGAUGAGAGUCACAUGGGUCCAACGGAAGUGGAAACUCAGGUGGAAGUACCAGCAGAAGCUCUCAAAGAUGUACUUGGGAAUCAGGAGUCUUUUUUAGACCCAAGUGAACAGAGUGGUAAAUCAAGCCAGGAAGACUUAAUGGACUGUGGCGUUGACCUUGCAGCUGAAUGUGACAGCGAGCACAAAGAGCUUCCUGCUAUUCCAGAGCCUGUGCCCGAGUUGGGUAAUGAAAAUACAGAUAAUAAAAACCAAACUGACCGUAAUGAAUUAAAUUCUGCAUUCAAGGACACAAAUGCUGAAACCAUGGAGAUAGACUCUGAAACAGUGGAGGCAGUGAAGUCUCUAACGCAGGAAACAACGGAACAGGAAGAUGCAUUCCAGGAUUGUGUAGAGACUCAAGAGGCAUGUCGAAGCCUGCAGACUUACGCCAAUACUGACCAAAGCCCACAGAUGACCACACUGGAUGACUGUCAGCAGUCUGAUCACAGUAGCCCUGUCUCAUCCGUCCAGUCCCAUCCCAGCCAGUCAGUUCGUUCUGUUAAUAGCCCAAAUGUGCCUCCAUUAGAGACCAGUUAUGCUCAAAUCAGCCCCGAUCAAAGUGCGAUCUCUGUGCCCUCUUUGCAGAACAUGGAAACCAGUCCCAUGAUGGACGUUCCUUCUGUUUCCGACCAUUCGCAGCAGGUUGUCGAUAGUGGAUUUAGCGACCUGGGUAGCAUUGAGAGCACAACUGAAAACUAUGAAAACCCAAGCAGCUAUGACUCUACGAUGGGCAACAGCAUCUGUGGAAACAACUCGCAAAACAGCUGUUCGUACAGCAACCUCACAUCUAGCAACAUGACUCAGAGUAGUUGUGCGGUGACCCAGCAGCUGUCUAACGUGAAUGGAAGCUGUAGCAUGAUGCAGAACGCCAGCAUCAACUCUCCCCCUCCUUGCAAUGUGAAGUCGCCUCAAGGCUGUGUUGUCGAAAGGCCCCCGAGCAGCAACCAGCAGCUUCCGCAGUGCAGCAUGGCUGCUAACUUCAGCCCACCUAUGCAGUUAAAUGAAAUCGCAGAGAGUGGCAAUGCCAACCUUGGCUUGUAUGAAAGAAUGGGUCAGAGUGACUUUGCAGCAGGGCAUUACCCACAACCGUCGGCCACCUUCAGCCUUGCCAAAUUGCAACAGUUAACCAACACACUUAUGGACCAUUCGUUGCCUUACAGCCACUCAGCUGCUGUCACUUCCUAUGCAAAUAGUGCCUCUUUGUCUACUCUUAGUAGCACAGGACUCGUUCAGCUUUCUCAGUCUCCUCAUCCAGUUCCAGGGGGAGGCCAGGUCCAGACCACAAUGACUCCGCCCCCUAACCUCACUCCGCCUCCCAUGAAUUUGCCACCACCCCUCUUGCAGCGCAACAUGGCCACAUCCAAUAUUGGCCUGUCCCAUGCCCAAAGACUGCAAACGCAGAUGCCUGGCAAGGGCCAUGUUUCGGUUAGGACUAAGUCGGCCACUUUGCCGUCGGCUGCAGCGGCAGCAGCUCACCAGCCACAGAUUUAUGGGCGAACCUCGCAGGCAGUGACCAUGCAAGGGCCUGCACGCACCUUAACCAUGCAGCGUGGCAUGAACAUGAGUGUGAACUUAAUGCCAGCUCCAGCUUACAAUGUCAGUUCCGUAAACAUGAACAUGAACCCCCUUAACGCUAUGAAUGGGUUUGGUAUGUCCCAACAGAUGAUGAAUGGAGCCUAUCAUGCAAACCAUGGUUAUAUGAAUCAAACAGCCCAGUACCCUAUGCAGAUGCAAAUGGGGAUGAUGGGAAGCCAGCCAUAUGCCCAGCAGUCAAUGCAGACUAAUCCCCACAGCAACAUGAUGUAUACCCCGCCAGCACAUCAUGGUUACAUGAAUAGCGGCAUGUCUAAACAGUCUCUGAAUAGCUCUUACAUGCGUAGGUAGGAUCUGGGGGGAGUGGGGAGGGGAGACGGUUGGUGUACCAAACUGGCAUGCUAGGAUUUGACCGGCACAAAAAUAUGUCCUUUUGGAGAAUACGAUUUCAAAACCAGCAAUUGGUGUGAAUGCAAAAACAUUUGUAGGCACCAUUAAAAAAAAAACUGUAUGCAGCGGAAGGCCUUAUAUAAAUGUGUUCUCGUUUCAUUUGUUUUGUAAUUUUGCUUUGUUUGCUUUUUU